AUGGAAGAACUGAUUCCAGUGGUGGGGUGGAUGCCAUGCGUUGGCGAUCGCGUGGCCGAAUGUCCUGCCCAACUCCACCGUCACUUCCACUGUCUCGGAGCUCAAGUGGAAGAUCUGGACCGUGGCCGUCGCACGCGUCCUUGGCGCUACCGUGCCGGAUGCCUUCUUGCACCUGCCGACUACUUCACGCGCCAUAGCCCACAUCAAGAGCAAUCUAGAAAUCCUCAUCCCCGCCCCGAGUGCUGCAAAGGCCGCUGCACGUACGCCCUGACCGACCUCCACCUUCUCGAGGAGGCCACUGAUCGGACGCCAUCGUCGUUCCCAGUGGUCAUCACAGAUGAACAUGUGUCAGCCAUCGUGUCGAUAUUGUUUCCUUGCACUCUCUCGCCCACUUGCGUUGCUGAUGCCGCUCUCCUGUUCGAUGCGAGCGGCGAGGUUUGCGACGUCGUCUUCACCUGGCUGUUGCUCCAGCUCCAGAGCAACAAACAGCCGCUGGAAUGGCUCGACGCAUUCGAAGCACAAGCUAUAGCAGGUGACCGUGGCGGUGGCGGAGCUGGACCGCUGGAAAAUCUCUUGCUGCUGUUCCUGAGCAAACAAGCAGCGCUGAAGGAUGAAAAGUCCUCCCCGGCAUCCUUGGACGAGCUCAAACGGAUACGUUCCUGCAUCGAGAACGCGCCCAGGAUAGAGUGGAAGUCCAUGGACAUCACCGUCGCUCUGCGCCAGAUGUUGGAGGAGGUGAUGGCAGCGGGAGAAAUCCAAUGCGACAACCAGAUGCGUGCCCGGCUCGAGCAGUGGAUCCAAGGCCACUACAACUUCCACCGCGUGGAGCCGCUCUUCCAGGAGUACGCAGACGUGAGCGUGCCGAUAGCGCGCCUGAUCUCUACAUGGAUGCGGACGAGGAAGGGACGCCGCGACCACGCCGAGCUCAAAUCCCUGUGCUCGGCAGCGACAUCAUCGGAGUCGAUUGUGGAGCACAUCCAGGCUACGAUGAGCCGGGGAAGCAGCGACGAGUGCCGCCAGCUUUGCGACGCGGCUGCCACCGUCUUUGGCAAUGACUACGGUAGCCUUUUCGUGGAGAUUUGCGCCAACGUGCAGUGGGAUCCAUGCCUGACCGCGUGCUCUCUAGAAGAAUUCGGGGCGAUCAAGCAGGCAGCCUGGGACGGACUCUUCCGGACUGCGAGCUCCGAAAACACGCUUCGAAGGCACCGUUUCGACGAUGACAGCCGCAACGAGGCCACAUGGAGACCUGGGAUUUCCGACAUGAUCCUCUACAUAGCUUACCUGAUCCUCGAGGACUGCUUGGGCGGCAGCGUUGACCGUGAGAGGUGGAAACGAGACUGUGAGUCUAUGCAGAGUGCCUUUCUCUUUGCUCAAUCGUGAUCCUUUUUGCUUGGAUCGUCA